GCGUUCGCUCGGAGAUGGCGGAGCCGCGGCGACGCGGCCAGAGGCCCGGAGAGCAGGGAAGCCGGGCAGCCCCGGGACAAGGUGGAGCCCGGGGACAGCGGGGACGCCGCCCAGUCCGCCGGGUAUGAAACGAAAAUGCAGCGGUUAAAAGCUCGGACUCAAGGAGCUUGACAGGCCUGACUUUGAAUACCAGUUCCUCCACUGACUGAGCUGUGUGAUCCUGGGCAAGUUAUUAAAUGACCAGAGAAGGGCCUCAAAUUACUCAUGUAUAGAAUGGGGGAGCUUUCUUUUGGAGAAAAAAAAUCAUCCAGUAAACGAGAUAGCAGGGCAGAGAUUGUGAACAUUGCUGACCUCUGAUGUGAGAAACUCAGCUGGGGCCAAGGGUGGAGCCUGAUUUGCAGCCUGAAACCAUGGGCCAGGGGGCCAUGGUGACCUGAGCUAAUGGACUCUACCAAGUUGCUCCCCGCUGCCCCUUCUACCUCCCCUAACCAGUUCUAAGGAGACUUGUCUUCACCUCUUCCAAGGAACUGACCUUGAAGGACUCCUAUUUUCUUAUCCUUUUACUCUCCUAAGACAGUACUAGCAUAGAGAUCUCUUACUUCCCAUGCCCUGAGGUAGCCCCCAUUCUUCCCUCCCUUCCCCCGACAUGCUCCAGCUGUGGAAGGUGGUACGCCCAGCUCGGCAGCUGGAACUGCACCGCCUCAUACUGCUGCUGAUCGCUUUCAGCCUGGGCUCCAUGGGCUUCCUGGCUUACUAUGUGUCUACCAGCCCCAAGGCCAAGGAACCCUUGCCUUUGCCUUUGGGAGACUGCAGUAGCAGUGGGGCAGCUGGUCCUGGGCCCGCACGGCCUCCAGUCCCACCCCGUCCUCCCAGGCCUCCAGAGACGACUCGAACUGAACCUGUAGUCCUGGUGUUUGUGGAGAGUGCAUACUCACAGCUGGGUCAGGAGAUUGUGGCUAUCCUGGAGUCCAGUCGUUUUCGUUAUAGUACUGAGCUUGCACCGGGCCGAGGGGACAUGCCCACAUUGACUGAUCAUACCCGUGGCCGCUAUGUCUUGGUCAUUUAUGAGAACCUGCUCAAGUAUGUCAACCUGGACUCCUGGAGUCGGGAACUGCUAGACCGGUACUGCGUGGAAUAUGGUGUGGGCAUCAUCGGCUUUUUCCGAGCCCAUGAGCACAGUCUUCUAAGUGCCCAGCUCAAAGGCUUUCCCCUUUUCCUACACUCAAAUUUGGGACUUCGGGACUACCAAGUGAAUCCUUCUGCCCCUCUACUGCAUCUCACACGCCCAAGCCGCUUGGAGCCUGGGCCACUGCCUGGUGAUGACUGGACCAUCUUCCAGUCUAAUCACAGCACAUAUGAGUCAGUGCUACUUGCCAGCCUUCGGCCAGCCGAACCCCCUGUACCAGGACCAGUGCCUCGUCGGAUCCGACUUCCCACUGUAGUGCAGGACCUGGGGCUUCAUGAUGGCAUCCAGCGGGUGCUCUUUGGCCACGGCCUUUCUUUCUGGCUCCACAAACUUGUCUUCGUUGAUGCUGUUGCAUAUCUGACUGGCAAGCGCCUCUGCCUGGACCUUGACCGCUACAUCUUGGUAGAUAUUGAUGACAUCUUUGUGGGCAAGGAAGGUACCCGCAUGAAGGUGGCUGAUGUUGAGGCUCUGUUGACUACACAGAACAAACUCAGGACUUUGGUCCCCAACUUCACCUUCAACUUGGGCUUCUCGGGCAAGUUUUAUCAUACUGGGACAGAGGAGGAGGAUGCCGGAGACGACAUGCUUCUGAAGCACCGCAGAGAGUUCUGGUGGUUCCCCCACAUGUGGAGCCACAUGCAGCCACACCUGUUCCACAAUCGCUCUGUGCUGGCUGACCAGAUGAGGCUCAACAAACAGUUUGCUCUGGAGCAUGGGAUUCCUACGGAUCUGGGGUAUGCUGUGGCUCCCCACCACUCGGGCGUGUACCCCAUCCACACACAGCUCUAUGAGGCUUGGAAAUCUGUGUGGGGCAUCCAGGUGACCAGCACUGAAGAGUAUCCCCAUCUCCGCCCUGCCCGCUACCGCCGUGGCUUCAUUCACAAUGGCAUUAUGGUGCUGCCCCGGCAGACAUGUGGCCUCUUCACUCACACAAUCUUCUAUAAUGAGUAUCCUGGAGGAUCUCGUGAACUAGACCGAAGCAUCCGAGGUGGAGAGCUCUUUCUGACAGUGCUGCUUAAUCCGAUCAGCAUCUUUAUGACCCAUCUGUCCAAUUAUGGAAAUGAUCGGCUGGGCCUGUACACCUUCGAGAGCCUGGUGCGCUUUCUCCAGUGCUGGACACGGCUGCGACUACAGACCCUUCCUCCAGUCCCUCUUGCACGGAAGUACUUUGAACUUUUCCCUCAGGAACAAAGCCCCCUUUGGCAGAAUCCUUGUGAUGACAAGAGACACAAAGAUAUCUGGUCCAAGGAAAAAACCUGUGAUCGACUCCCUAAGUUCCUCAUUGUGGGACCCCAAAAGACAGGAACCACAGCUAUUCACUUCUUCUUGAGCCUGCACCCAGCUGUUACUAGCAGCUUCCCAAGCCCCAGCACCUUUGAGGAGAUUCAGUUCUUCAGUGGCCCUAAUUACCACAAGGGUAUUGACUGGUACAUGGACUUCUUCCCUAUCCCUUCCAAUGCCAGCACUGACUUUCUGUUUGAAAAAAGUGCCACCUACUUUGACUCAGAGGUUGUUCCACGGCGGGGGGCUGCCCUCCUGCCACGAGCCAAAAUUAUCACCGUGCUCACCAACCCUGCUGACAGGGCCUACUCCUGGUACCAGCACCAGCGAGCACAUGGAGACCCAGUUGCUCUGAACUAUACCUUCUACCAGGUGAUUUCAGCCUCCUCCCAGGCCCCUUUGGCACUUCGCUCCUUGCGGAACCGCUGCCUUGUCCCUGGCUAUUAUUCUACCCAUUUACAACGUUGGCUGACUUACUACCCUUCUGGACAGUUGCUGAUUGUGGAUGGGCAAGAGCUACGUACCAACCCAGCAUCUUCAAUGGAGGGCAUCCAGAAGUUCCUGGGUAUCACACCCUUUCUGAACUACACACAGACCCUCAGAUUUGAUGAAGAUAAAGGAUUUUGGUGCCAGGGACUGGAAGGUGGUAAGACUCGUUGUCUAGGCAAGAGCAAAGGCCGAAGGUACCCAGAUAUGGACAAUGAGUCCCGCCUUUUCCUUACGGAUUUUUUCCGGAACCAUAAUUUGGAGCUGUCAAAGCUGCUGAGCCGGCUUGGACAGCCGGUACCCUCAUGGCUUCGGGAAGAACUACAGCAUUCCAGUCUGAGCUAACGUUCCAGCCUUUCAUACCAGCAAAACGAAACAAAAAACAAAACAACAAAAAACCCUGCUUCUCUAAGGGGCAUGCCUAGAACAGGGCCCAUAAGGGGGAUGAAAGUGCCUUGGCCCGUCCCCCCUUCUACCUCAGUGGCCCCAGGCCUUGGAUAGCUGGGAAGGGCAUCCCUUUCCAUAGCUCUGGGACUUAAUAAAGGGGCUUCCCUUGGUAUCCCCAUCAUGAUAUUCAUCACCUUUGACCCAUGGUCUUGGUAGAUGGGGAGGAGUGAGAGGGUCAAGGCAGGGUAUAGAAGAACAUUAUCAGUUCAUAGUUUCUCUUUUCAUCCCCAGAAUUUUUGUCUGUCUAUACCUGGCAGUGGGAUCUACCUGUGGCUCGGCCUCCCUAAUGUCAUUCACAUUGAAUGGGGUUGAGGUCUGACAGUGGCUCAUAGAGCCAAGUAUGAGCCCUAGCUCUGGGCUAGAAAUGUCCUUAAAUAAACAUCCUUAUUUUUCUG